GUGGUAUUCACCAGUGGAGAGCUCAUUGUUCCAUCUCUCAAACCGACUAUAGGAUGCCUAGUCAAGUUAGUCAGGUCGAUGCACAUGGCCAUAUGACUGAACCUCAGCUUAGCAUGAAUCCAUUGUCAGGAGGAUAUCCAAGCAGUCAAAUUUCAAAUGUUGCAAGACCACCCUAUCCUUUUGGACUUUAUUCCAAUCAUGAACCAUCUUGUUAUCCUAGAGAUAAUGCUGGUUCCAGUAGAACCUACGGUGACGUCGAAGUAUAUAGGAAUCCUGUUUUGGGUAGCCAGUAUAGGCCAAGUAUGGCAGGGAACAGCAACAUGGGUUUUCCUGGAAGACCUUAUGUUGACUACCAUGAGUCGCAACCUUUUAAUUAUAGUACAUAUGGAAGACCUUAUGUUGAAUACAGUGAUUUCCAACCUGAGUUGCCUUCACCCGCCGCAGCCACACCAUCGUUUCCCACAUAUGGAGAACCGACAUUAAUACCUCAACAUGGUGGAUUACCUGAUAACUUGCAGUAUUCAGGGAGAUAUGCUUGUCAGUAUCCAAAAUACUACUACCCUUGAAAUUUACC